UGGGAAGGUCAAGGCGCCAUCCCGAAGCUCCUGUAAUGGCGGACCACGCAGAAGAAGACGGUAUUGGCUUCAGCGCGAACGGGAUGGAACAGCAGCAGGCUCUGCAAUUCCGCACCCCUGCUCCACAGCCCAGCCCGGUAAUGCGUGGCCCCCCACCUCUGCUGAGACCCCCUCCUCCUCCAUUUGGCUUAAUGAGGGGCCCCCCACCUCCACCACGCCCCCCAUUUGGGCACCCAUCCUUUGACCCCAGCAUGCCACCUAUGCCCCCGCCGCUGGGGCCUCCACAUCUGCAGAGACCACCAUUUAUGCCCCCGCCAAUGGGUAGCAUGCCCCCACCCCCUGGGAUGAUGUUCCCUCCUGGAAUGCCUCCUGUGCCCACACCAGGAGCCCCCACAUUGCCGCCCACCGAGGAGAUCUGGGUGGAGAACAAAACACCGGAAGGAAAGGUGUAUUACUACAAUGCCAGGACCAGGGAGUCGGCAUGGAGCAAGCCGGAGGGAGUCAAGGUUAUCCAACAGUCGGAGCUCAACCCUUUGGUGGCAACCCAGGCGGCAGCUGCUUCUCCCAGCAGCCUCCCAGCAGCCAGCGUCGCAGCCAGUUCUGCUUCCUCACAAGCCCCCUCCCCAACCCUGAGUGCCAUCCCCACCUCCACCAGCAUUUCCACACCACCUGUGUCCCAGGCCCUCACCAGCACAGCUGCUCUGGAAAUGAACCCCGUGGUUACCACACCAUCCAGUGCUGGAGUUAACUCGGUGGCAGCAGUGAGCGUUUCCACGGUGACGGCCACAGUAACCCCGGUGCAGGCAAUGCCACCUCCACAGCUCCUGCCAGCGAGCCUCCCAGCGGCACUGCCUCACGCUGUGCCCCAGCCAGCCGCCACCAUCUCUGCCUUCCCUCCGGUCGUGGUACCUCCAUUCCGUCUGCCUCUGCCCGGGAUGCACAUCCCGCUCCCCGGUGUAGCGAUGAUGCAGAUAGUAAGCAGUCCUUUUUUAAAGACAGUCGCUCCCAACAAGAACGGUAUGCUUUCAGGCAUGGCCCCUCCCUUAGUUCCCAUGAUGCACCCACAACUUGCCAUCACGGCCACACCAGCUGCUCUCGCUGGCACCUUGCCGCUCCCAGAAUGGUCCGAGUACAAGACAGCUGAUGGAAAGACCUACUACUAUAACAACCGCACCUUGGAAUCCACUUGGGACAGGCCCCUUGAGCUGAAGGAGAAAGAUAAGGACACAGAGAAGAACAAGGACCGGCUGGAAGAGUCAGAGCCCAUGGACAUGGAGAAUGAGGUGCCCCAAGUGGAGCCUCCUAAAGUGGUCAAAGAAGAGCCAAAAGAGGAGGAGAUGACGGAGGAGGAGAUAGCAGCACAGAAAGCCAAACCUGUGGCCACCAACCCUAUACCAGGGACCCCCUGGUGCAUAGUGUGGACUGGAGACGAUCGCGUGUUCUUCUAUAACCCCACCACCCGCCUUUCCAUGUGGGACCGCCCUGAAGAGCUUGUAGGCCGUGCUGAUGUCGACAAGAGCAUCCAGGAUCCUCCCCACAAGAAAGGUCUGGAAGGCAGCCACAAGUUGGGGAUCAGUAAGGAGGAGCUUGUGGCAGCAGCAGAGGAAGCACUUGAAGAUGAGCCAAUUAAGGCCAAGAAAAGAAAGAAGGAGGAGGCGAAGGAGGCAGACUCGGAGAAGGAGACAGCAAUGGAUGCCGAAAUCAAGGCCGCCCGAGAUCGUGCCAUUGUGCCUUUGGAGUCGCGGGCAAAACAGUUCAGGGACAUGUUGCUGGAGCGAGGGGUUUCAGCUUUCUCAACCUGGGAGAAAGAGCUGCACAAGAUUGUGUUUGAUCCACGCUAUCUCCUGCUUAACCCAAAAGAAAGGAAGCAGGUUUUUGACCAGUAUGUAAAGACCCGAGCAGAGGAGGAGAGGAAAGAGAAGAAGAACAAACUCAUGCAGGCCAAGGAGGACUUUAGGAAGAUGAUGGAAGAGGCCAGGUUAAAUGCCAGAACAACAUUCAGUGAGUUUGCAUCAAAGCAUGCCAAGGACUUACGGUUUAAGGCUAUUGAGAAGAUGAAAGACCGGGAGGCAAUCUUUAUAGAGUUUAUGAUAGCACUCAGGAAGAAGGAGAAGGAGGAUUCCAAAAACCGAGGAGAGAAGGUAAAGCAAGAUUUCUUUGAGCUGUUGGCCGAACAUCACGUUGAGGGCCAGCUGCGCUGGAGUAAAGUGAAGGACAAGCUGGAGAGUGACCAUCGUUACAAAGCCGUGGAGAGCUCGGCCAUGAGGGAGGAGCUCUAUAAGCAGUAUGUGGAGAAGCUGGCCAAGAACGUGGACUCUGAGAAGGAAAAGGAGCUGGAGCGACAAGCCCGCAUUGAGGCCAGCCUACGCGAGAGGCAGCGGGAGGUGCAGAAGGCCCGUUCCGAGCAGACCAAGGAGAUUGACCGCGAGAGAGAGCAGCACAAACGAGAGGAAGCCAUCCAGCACUUCAAGGCCCUCAUGUCUGAUAUGGUAAGGUCAUCAGACGCUACGUGGUCUGACACACGGCGGAACCUGCGAAAGGACCACCGGUGGGAAUCGGCCUCACUACUGGAGCGAGACGAGAAAGAGAAGCUCUUCAAUGAGCAUGUGGAAGCUCUUGCCAAGAAGAAAAAAGAGCAUUUCCGCCAACUAUUGGAUGAGACUACCUUGAUCACACUGACAACAACAUGGAAAGAGGUGAAAAAAGUAAUCAAAGAAGAUCCUCGAUGUAUUAAGUUCUCCAGCAGCGAUCGGAAGAAACAGAGAGAAUUUGAAGAUUAUAUUAAGGACAAAUACAUCACAGCCAAAGCGGACUUCAGAACUCUUCUGAAAGAGACAAAGUUUAUCACGUAUAGAUCAAGAAAGCUUAUACAGGAGUCGGAGCAGCACCUUAGAGACAUUGAGAAGAUUCUCCAGAAUGACAAGCGCUACCUUGUGUUGGACUGCGUACCAGAGGAGCGACAGAAGCUCAUCAUGUCCUACAUCGAGGACUUGGAGCGCAGGGGCCCACCGCCACCUCCCACCGCCUCUGAGCCCACCCGCCGCUCCACCAAAUAAGGCAGGACCUGUCCCCGGCCUGGGAGCCUGUAUGUGAGCUACCCCAUAGACCCAUAUCUCCGCAGGUCUAAUUGUAACAGGUCCCUACAUGGAGCAUCCGUCUUAUUUAUUUAUGGAGCUGGUGAUUCUGUUUACCAGGGCAUAGAGCUAAGGGUCACAAUUUCAUUUGCCACAGUGGUAUGUGGCGAAAGGGGGCAUAUGUCUUCAUACAUCUGUAGUUUUACUGACAGGCUCUGCAGCCUGCAGGUGAACAGUUUUUAGGUGAAUGUUUUCAUUCUUAUGAUGGGAGGCUCUGCUGGUGAUGACAAAACUUUUGCUUGUCACUGUCUUUUUCAGUACAGUUUGUUUAUAAUGUUGUUUGACUUGUUGCGAUGGAUCUGUACUGGAAGUUUACUGGAAUAAAUACUACUUUCAACCUUUUUUUCCAAGACAGUGGUGACAGUGCUUUAAU